GAACAGCAUAACUUGCCAGCAAAUCAGCAACGUGUGAGAUUUAACCUUGGCGGUUCUACAAAGUCUCAGCCUGAGGAUGCACUGAUGGCCGAUGAGGGUGUAGAAGAAGACGACUUGUCAGCGGGUGAGGAAGGUUCCGAUUAUGGAGAAAGGGUAGGAGACUAAAAGGGCGUCAAGCCGUUCGGCUUGGAGUAAACAAAGGGUAGUGCAUUCUUUUUUCAGUCUAAGCAGGCAUUUUUACCUGAUCACUUGUCAGUCUCAGUGGUAGGCCUAUAUGGACUUUUAUGGUCAUGGUGAUAGUACGACUAUUGGGUGGUCUUCCCAAAUGGAUGACAUAAAGGCAGCGACCUUCUAUUUACAUCAUAGCAUGUUACUUGUUUCUAUACAAAUCGAGCAUUUCUGCUGGUGUUUGAAUUUCAUUCGAGCCUCAUGUAAGGUUAAUCUGCGAAAUCGGAGUUUGUCACCGUGUUUGAGUUUAGAUUCUUGAUUAGGAUGGGACGAGAAAAACUACUUACCAAUAUCAGAGACACAACUGAAGAUCCGCAGCGUCUGCUGGUGUUUGAGUUUGCUUCUUAACUACAUAUGAUUUGACACGUAAAACGGUAAUUUCUGAUGCUGUUUGAAUUUUGUUAUCUGGGUGCAUAUAGAGUAGGACUAGGUUUACGCGAGUGAUGAAAUAAUACUGACUAGGACAACGUGAUACGCGCUAUCAGAGUUCGGCGAAUUGCCAAAUCCCAAUGCGCUUACUAGAACAAAUGGCGUGAGAAGUAAUGACCUGGAUGCUUCCUCUUUUAGACGUGUUAUUUGGUACCUCAAAUUGAUCAGAAUUUGACUCAGGAAACUUGUCAGAAACUUGUGCUUAACACGAGCAGGAU